CCGAGAGGGUGGGUCACGGCUCGGGUUUGCAGCCGCGGAGAGAGCCAUAGGCCGUGCAUCUGCAGGAGGUUCCUGAGUUCAUUUAAGAGAACAGUCUUAAAAUAAAAGAAGAAAAAGAAAAAGGGAUUCAAUCUUCAAUCUUUGGAAGCACUGCCCCUCACUCGCUCUCUCUCUGUCCCAAGUUCCUUGGGAUUCGUGUAUGACUCAAAAGAUCUAGAGAAGCUCCAGGAUGUUUUCUUGAGUGGUGUACUGCUACACUGCCCUAGGUGAAGAGUCUCUGGUGUUGGUUUCAUGCUACAGGAAGCACCAUGGCAGCUUCCAGGACGACCUCACGGUCUCCUCGGGACAUUGCUAAUGUGAUGCAGAGGCUGCAAGAUGAGCAAGAGAUAGUACAAAAACGUACUUUUACAAAAUGGAUCAACUCUCAUCUGGCCAAGCGGAAACCCCCACUGGUGGUAGAUGAUCUUUUUGAAGACAUGAAAGAUGGUGUUAAGCUGCUUGCGCUUCUGGAGGUUCUGUCCGGGCAGAAAUUGCCUUGUGAACAAGGACGCCGUAUGAAGCGGAUCCAUGCUGUUGCUAAUAUUGGCACAGCACUCAAGUUCCUUGAAGGAAGGAAGAUUAAAUUAGUCAACAUUAACUCCACUGAUAUAGCUGAUGGCCGACCAUCAAUAGUUCUUGGAUUGAUGUGGACCAUUAUUCUAUAUUUCCAGAUUGAGGAGUUGACCAGCAACCUGCCACAGCUGCAGUCUCUGUCUGGCAGCACAUCCUCUGUGGAUAGCAUGGUUAGUGCUGAGACUGCCAGCCCCCCAAGUAAACGGAAAGUGGCCACCAAGAUUCAAGGAAAUGCUAAGAAGGCUUUAUUAAAGUGGGUCCAGUACACAGUAGCCAAGCAGACGGGAAUAGAAGUAAAGGACUUUGGGCGGAGUUGGAGGAGUGGGGUUGCCUUCCAUUCUGUCAUCCAUGCCAUUCGACCAGAACUAGUGGACUUGGAGAAAGUGAAAGGGAGAUCUAACCAGGAAAACCUGGAGGAGGCUUUCACUAUUGCUGAAACAGAACUAGGAAUCCCCAGACUGUUGGAUCCUGAAGAUGUUGACGUGGAUAAACCAGAUGAGAAGUCUAUUAUGACCUAUGUAGCCCAAUUUCUGAAGCAUUACCCUGACAUCCACAACACAGGCACUGAUGGGCAAGAAAAUGAUGAAAUACUUCCAGGUUUUCCAUCUUUUGCAAAUUCUAUCCAAAAUUUUAAGAGAGAAGACAGGCUAAUUUUGAAGGAAACAAAAGUUUGGAUAGAACAAUUUGAAAGAGAUUUGACAAGGGCACAGAUGACAGAAUCAAAUUUGCAAGAUAAAUAUCAGUCAUUUAAGCACUUCAGAGUUCAAUAUGAAAUAAAAAGGAAACAGAUUGAACAUUUAAUACAACCAGUACAUAGAGACGGUAAACUGUCACUUGACCAAGCGUUGGUAAAACAAUCCUGGGACAGAGUGUCCUCCAGGCUCUUUGAUUGGCAUAUACAGCUUGAUAAAUCUCUCCCUGCACCUCUGGGCACUAUAGGUGCCUGGUUAUACAGAGCAGAAGUAGCUCUGAGGGAGGAAAUUACCAUUCAGCAGGUCCAUGAGGAAACGGCCAACACAAUACAACGGAAACGUGAGCAACACAAGGAUCUGCUUCAAAACACAGAUGCCCACAAAAGAGCAUUCCAUGAGAUCUACCGGACCAGGUCUGUUAACGGGAUCCCAGUGCCACCUGACCAAUUAGAGGACAUGGCAGAAAGGUUUCAUUUUGUUUCCUCCACAUCAGAGCUACACUUAAUGAAAAUGGAAUUUCUAGAAUUAAAGUACCGUCUGCUCUCACUGCUGGUUCUUGCAGAGUCAAAGCUGAAAUCUUGGAUCGUCAAGUAUGGGAGGAGAGAGUCAGUGGAGCUGCUUCUGCAAAACUAUAUCUCUUUUAUAGAAAAUACCAAGUUCUUUGAACAGUAUGAAGUGACAUACCAGAUCCUAAAACAGACAGCGGAGAUGUACAUCCAAGCUGACGGUUCAGUGGAAGAAGCUGAGAAUGUGAUGAAAUUCAUGAAUGAAACCACUGCCCAGUGGAGGAACCUCUCAGUGGAAGUUAGGAGCGUGCGGAGCAUGCUUGAAGAAGUCAUCGCUAACUGGGAUCGAUAUGGCAAUACGGUGGCCAGUCUUCAGGCCUGGCUGGAGGAUGCUGAGAAAAUGCUAAAUCAGACAGAGCACGCUAAAAAGGAUUUUUUCCGAAAUUUGCCUCACUGGAUACAGCAGCAUGCUGCCAUGAAUGAUGCAGGCAAUUUUCUAAUUGAAACAUGUGAUGAGAUGGUUUCCCGAGACCUUAAACAGCAGUUGCUAUUGCUCAAUGGGCGAUGGAGGGAGUUGUUCAUGGAAGUCAAGCAAUAUGCUCGGGCUGAUGAGCUGGACAGAAUGAAGAAGGAAUACACAGACUGUGUCACUGCCCUGUCUGAUUUUGCAAUGGGAGCCCAUAAGAAACUUUCCGAACCCUUAGAAGUCUCUUUUCUUAAUGUCAAGCUAUUAAUUCAAGACUUGGAGGACAUUGAGCAGAGGGUGCCUGUAAUGGAUGCUCAAUACAAGAUGAUUACAAAGACUGCACACCUCAUUACCAAAGAGAGUUCCCAAGAAGAAGCUAAUGAAAUGUUUGCAACCAUGUCUGGGCUAAAAGAACAGCUAACCAAGGUCAAGGACUGUUACUCUCCACUCCUUUAUGAGUCUCAGCAGCUGUUGAUACCAUUGGAAGAAUUAGAAAAGCAGAUGACAUUCUUUUAUGACUCAGUUGGGAAAAUCAAUGAAAUUUUAACAGUUCUUGAGCAUGAGGCACAAUCUAGUGCUGUUUUUAAACAGAAACAACAGGAACUGUCAGCUUGUCAAGAAAGCUGUAAGAAAACCAUGACACAAAUUGAGAAAGGCAGUCAAAAUGUUCAAAAGUUCAUGACCUUGAGCAGUGUGUUAAAGCAUUUUGAUCAGACAAAGCUGCACAGACAGAUUGCAGAUGCCCAUGGUGCUUUCCAGAAUAUGAUGAAGAAAAUUGGAGACUGGAAGAAACAUGUGGAAACCAAUAGUCGUUUGAUGAAGAAAUUUGAGGAGUCUCGAGCAGAGUUGGAGAAGGUGCUGCGGAUAGCUCAGGAGGGCUUGGAAGAAAAGGGAAAUCCAGAAGACCUCCUGAGGAGACAUACCGAGUUCUUCAGCCAACUGGACCAGAGAGUGCUCAAUGCUUUCCUGAAAGCUUGUGAUGAGCUCACCGACAUUCUCCCUGAGCAGGAACAGCAGGGCCUACAGGAAGCUGUUAGAAAGCUCCACAAACAGUGGAAGGAUCUUCAAGGAGAAGCCCCAUAUCAUUUGCUUCAUCUGAAGAUUGAUGUGGAGAAGAAUAGAUUCUUAGCUUCUGUAGAAGAAUGCAGGACUGAGCUGGAUCGAGAGACCAAGCUGGUGCCCCAGGAAGGCAGUGAAAAGAUUAUUAAAGAGCACAGGAUUUUCUUCAGUGACAAAGGUCCUCAUCAUGUUUGUGAGAAAAGGUUACAGCUUAUUGAAGAACUGUGUCUGAAGCUCCCAGGCCGGGACCCAGUAAGGAAUACACCUGAAACCUGUCACGUGACUCUCAAAGAGCUCAGAGCUGCCAUUGAUACCACCUAUAUGAAGCUUGUGGAGGACCCAGACAAGUGGAAGGACUAUACUAGCAGAAUUUCUCAGUUCUCAUCUUGGAUAUCUGCAAAGGAGACAGAGUUGAAAGGGUUUAAGAAUGAGCCCAUCGAUACUGCCAACCAUGGAAAGGUUAAACAUGCUGUAGAGGAGAUCAGAAAUGAUGUUACCACAAAGGGUGAGACUCUCAACUGGCUGAAAUCCAGGCUUAAAGUUUUAAUUGAAGUUUCUUCUGAGAAUGAAGCCCAAAAGCAAGGAGAUGAGCUGGCAAAAUUAUCUGGUUCUUUCAAAGCUCUUGUAUCUUUGUUGUCAGAGGUCGAAAAGAUGUUAAGCAACUUUGGGGACAGUGUCCAGUACAAAGAAAUAGUUAAAAGCUCCCUUGAGGAGUUAAUUUCUGGCUCUAAAGAAAUCCAGGAACAAGCUGAGAAGAUCCUGGACACUGAAAAUCUGUUUGAAGCACAGCAGUUACUUCUUCAUCACCAGCAAAAGACAAAGAGGAUUUCUGCAAAGAAGAGAGAUGUGCAGCAGCAGAUAGAGCAGGCUCAGCAGGGAGAAGGUGGGCUGCCGGGCCAAGUCCGGGAGGAGCUGCGGAAGCUGGAGAGCACCCUGGACAACAUGGAGCACAGCAGGGAGAAACAGGAACGCCGCAUCCAGGUCACAUUAAGAAAGUGGGAGCGAUUUGAAACGAACAAAGAGACAGUGGUCAGAUACCUUUUUCAAACAGGUUCCAGCCAUGAGCGCUUCCUGAGUUAUAGCAGUUUGGAAAGUUUAUCUUCAGAAUUGGAACAGACAAAGGAGUUUUCUAAACGAACAGAAGGUAUUGCAGUCCAGGCUGAAAAUCUUGUGAAGGAAGCUUCUGAGAUACCACUUGGGCCCAAAAAUAAGCAGCUGCUUCAGCAGCAGGCCAAGUCAAUCAAAGAGCAAGUCAAAAAAUUAGAAGACACACUUGAAGAAGAUAUUAAAACCAUGGAAAUGGUGAAAAACAAGUGGGAUCAUUUUGGCAAUAAUUUUGAGACCCUGUCCAUCUGGAUAACUGAGAAAGAAAAAGAACUCAAUGCCUUGGAAACUUCGUCAUCUGCCAUGGACAUGCAAAUCCACCAGAUUAAGGUCAUAAUUCAGGAAAUACAAAGCAAGCUCAGCAGUAUUACAGAGCUAGAAGAAUCAGCUCAAUCUUUUGCUCAGUUUGUCACCACUGGAGAAUCUGCUCGAAUCAAAGCCAAGUUGACACAAAUAAGAAGGUAUUGGGAAGAACUCCGAGAGCAUGCACAGUGCUUGGAAGGAACAAUCCUGGGACAUUUAUCUCAGCAGCAAAAGUUUGAAGAGAAUCUUAGAAAGAUCCAGAAAUCUGUGUCUGAAUUUGAAGAUAAACUUGCUGAUCCAGUUAAAAUAUGUUCGUCAGCCACAGAAACAUACAAAGUUCUCCAAGAACAUAUGGACCUCUGCCAGGCUCUGGAGGCACUGAGCAGUACAGUGGCCACCACCUCAGCCAGCGCCCAGAAGGUCGCCAGCAGAGGUUCCUGUGUUCAGGAGGCAGCUGCCCUGCAGCAGAGGUACCAGGAGAUGCAGAGUCAGGCCAAGGAGAGGCAGACUGCACUAGAGAAACUGCUGGCCCACUGGCAGAGGUUGGAGAAAGAAUUAUCAACCUUUUUAACCUGGUUAGAGCGGUGUGAAGCAAUAACCAGUUCCCCAGAAAUGGACAUUUCUUCAGACAGAGUCAAAUAUUAUCUAUAA